AUGGCUCCUCUAUCCGGUAUCUGGCUGCCAACUCCUCUGCCUCGUCUUCACUACGGACCCAACUGCGUAUCUCAACACUUACUUUCCGCCCUCCCAACACCCACAUCCAAAGCAUUCAUCAUAACAGGCCAAUCUCUGAGCAAAACCCCAUUACUUCCAAACCUCGAAAAACUUCUGGACAAACACCACGCAGGCACAAUAUCCUGUAUCCGCCAACACACCCCCGUCAGCGACAUCGACCACACAGCAGAGCAAAUCCUCCCUCAGAAAGGCAACAUCGACACCCUAAUCUCCCUCGGCGGGGGAUCAGUCAUUGACGCAACGAAAAUCAUUUCCCAUCGAUACCACGAAGCACACAACGUAUGGCUAACCCACAUUACUAUCCCGACAACUCUGAGCGCAGCAGAAUGUACCCCCGGCGGGGGCUACACGUCCAAUGGGACUAAAAAGGCAAUCAUAGAUGCGGGGAUGGGAGUAUCUAGUAUAUUCUACGACCCGGGGUAUAAGAAAUACACACCUGUGGAUUUGUGGCUGCGGACAGGGAUGCGUGCCCUUGACCACGCAGUGGAAUGCAUGUAUAAUCCGAUUGCAAGCGAAAUACCCUGGAAGGUUCUGGCGCUGUGGGCUGCGGCUGAGUUAUGGGAGGGUCUGCCGCAAGCGAAGACGCACCCAGUAGAUGAGGAGGUGACAGUGCGGUUGAUGUUAGCGGCGUAUGCUAGUUCGGGACUCAAGGGGGCUGGGAUUAGGGGGAUGGGGCUGUCGCAUCGAUUGGGACAUGCGCUUGGUGCGCCGUAUGGGAUUCCACAUGGAACGACAUCGUGUUUGACGUUAGGAAAGGUGGUAUUGCUGAAGGCAAGGGAGAAGAACUGUGCAGAGCACAUUGCUAGGUUGGCUCCAUGUUUUGGAGGGGUCAGGACAGGGGACGAUACUGCUGAUGCGAUGUUUGUUGGAGAGAGGAUUUUGAAGCUGGUGAGGGAGUUGGAAUUGGACGGGAAGUUGGGAGAUUGGGGAGUGGGGACAGAGGAAAAGAGUGUGAUUGUGAAGAGGGCAAUGGGGGAUGAUGUACGGGUUGAGGAGAUGGAAAAAUUGGUCGAUGAAUUGUUUUAG